GGCUCGUUGAAGCCAUAGGUUGAUGGGACACUUCCGCUUUGAAAGUCGUUGAGUUUAACGCCGUCGACCAGUCCACAAUAAACAGCAAAGAGGAACUUAGAACAUAAGGAGGAAGACGAUCUCCGCAUAAACAGUGCUGAGUGCUCACGUCCUGAAGCAACAUGGGAGAGCUCUUCAGAAGUGAAGAGAUGACACUGGCUCAGCUCUUCCUCCAAUCGGAAGCUGCCUACUGUUGUGUCAGUGAACUGGGAGAGAUCGGGAUGGUCCAGUUUCGUGAUCUAAAUCCCGAUGUGAACGUCUUCCAGCGAAAGUUUGUCAAUGAAGUACGACGAUGUGAGGAGAUGGAUCGUAAACUGAGGUUUGUGGAAAAAGAAAUUAAAAAGGCUAACAUCCCAAUACUCGACACAGGAGAGAACCCAGAAGUCCCUUUUCCAAGGGACAUGAUUGACCUGGAGGCCACAUUUGAGAAGCUGGAGAAUGAACUGAAGGAAAUAAACACCAACCAAGAAGCGCUAAAGAAGAACUUCCUGGAACUGACCGAGCUCAAGCACAUUCUGCGUCGCACGCAACAAUUUUUUGAUGAGAUGGAGGAUCCCAGUUUACUUGAGGAAUCAUCCACUCUCCUGGAUCCCAAUGAGCCUGUCAGAGUGGCCCCGCUCAGACUAGGAUUUGUUGCUGGAGUCAUUGGCAGGGAGCGGAUUCCCACCUUUGAGAGGAUGCUGUGGAGAGUUUGCAGAGGCAAUGUGUUCCUGAGGCAAGCAGAUAUUGAAGAUCCUUUGGAAGACCCAACUACGGGUGACCAGGUCCACAAGUCUGUCUUCAUCAUAUUUUUCCAAGGAGACCAGCUGAAGAAUCGAGUCAAGAAAAUCUGUGAGGGAUUCAGAGCAACAUUGUACCCAUGUCCAGAAACCCCACAGGAGCGGAAAGAGAUGUUAGCAGGGGUGAAUGCUCGUAUUGAUGACCUGCAAAUGGUGCUGAACCAGACUGAGGAUCACAGGCAGAGGGUUCUGCAGGCUGCAGCCAAGACAGUAAGAGUUUGGUUUAUCAAGGUGAGGAAGAUGAAGGCCAUCUACCAUACUCUCAACUUGUGCAACAUCGAUGUCACUCAGAAGUGUCUGAUUGCUGAGGUGUGGUGUCCCAUCUCAGACCUGGACUCCAUUCAGUUUGCCCUGCGCAGGGGAACGGAGAAGAGUGGCUCCACCGUGCCUUCCAUCCUCAACAGAAUGCAGACCAAACAGACCCCGCCGACCUACAACAAGACUAACAAGUUCACCUCAGGCUUCCAAAACAUUGUGGAUGCUUAUGGAAUUGGCAGCUACCGUGAGAUUAACCCAGCACCAUACACCAUCAUCACCUUCCCCUUCCUAUUUGCGGUUAUGUUUGGUGAUCUGGGCCAUGGGGUGCUCAUGACUUGUGCUGCUCUGUACCUUGUGUUAAGAGAAAGCAGAUUGAUGGCGCAGAAGAAUGAUAAUGAGAUAUUCAGCAUGGUGUUUGGGGGGCGCUACAUAAUCCUGCUCAUGGGAAUCUUCUCAGUGUACACUGGCAUUAUUUACAAUGACUGCUUCUCCAAGUCCCUAAAUGUGUUUGGCUCUGGAUGGAGUGUCAGGCCCAUGUUCAAUUCUAGAGUUGGAGGCAACUGGACGGACGCUACACUUAAUGGCAGUACAGUUUUACAGGUGGACCCAGCAGUAGAUGGAGUAUUCAGAGGGCCAUACCCCAUUGGCAUUGAUCCGAUAUGGAGCUUUUCCAUCAACAAGCUGUCAUUCCUGAACUCGUUCAAGAUGAAGAUGUCGGUCAUCCUGGGAGUGAUCCAUAUGCUGUUUGGAGUCACUCUAAGUCUUUUCAACCACUUGUAUUUCAAGAAGCCGCUGAAUAUCUACUUGGGGUUCAUCCCAGAGAUAAUCUUCAUGUCCAGCCUGUUUGGCUACCUUGUCAUUUUGAUCUUCUAUAAGUGGAUCUCAUAUGAUGUACACAGGUCCAGGGAAGCUCCCAGUCUCCUCAUUGCCUUUAUUAACAUGUUCCUCUUCAACUACAAUGACUCCGCUAAUAAACCCUUCUACAGAGGACAGGUAGCCAUACAAUCCCUGUUGGUGGUAAUUGCCUUGGCAUGUGUUCCCUGUAUGUUAAUAGUAAAAACUCUGGUUAUGCGAAGACAGUAUUUGUGGCGAAAACAUUUGGGUAUGCAGAACUUUGGAGGAAUCAGGGUGGGCAACGGGCCCACCGAGGAUGACGCUGAAAUCAUCCAGCAUGACCAGCUCGCACAGCAAUCUGAGGAUGAACCUGAGCGUUGCCUUUUGUCACCUGCUUUCAAGGCCUGUGAGGAGGAAGAGUUUAACUUUGCGGAUGUGGCAGUGCAACAGGCUAUUCACACUAUAGAGUACUGCCUGGGCUGUAUCUCCAACACCGCUUCCUAUCUGAGGCUUUGGGCUCUUAGUCUGGCUCAUGCGCAGCUGUCAGAGGUGCUGUGGUCCAUGGUGAUGCGCGUAGGCCUUUCUUCUCGCAGCUUUGGAGGUUUCAUCCUUUUGGCUAUAGUCUUUUACUUUUUUGCUGUUCUCACAAUUGCUAUUCUUCUCAUUAUGGAAGGCCUGUCGGCGUUUCUGCAUGCGUUGCGACUUCACUGGGUGGAGUUCCAAAACAAGUUUUACACAGGCAGUGGCUUUAAGUUCCUACCCUUCAACUUUGAAAGCAUCCUGGAUGGGAGAUCUGAAGACUGACCAAAUCCUCUUCCCCGGUUCACGUCUCCUAUCUGUGGAGAAUUUGUGUGGUAGUGAAUAGUGGGUUUUUUUGUUGUUUUUUUUUUUGUGUGUGUGUGUGUGAGUGUGAUGCAGUUUCCACCUUCUGUUACCAUAACUCUAUUAUUGACUAGUCACUCAUCGGCCUGUCUUUUGUUUUAAACCUGCCAUUAGUCUUAGAAUCAGUAUCUAAAUCUGGAACGUCUACUCAAAAAUUAUUAUUCAUUCAUUCCUUAAUAGCCUUGAUUCUAAUCUGUUCUUGUGAGGUCUUUUUUUUUAUUUUACCUGUCUUUUAUUUAGUUAAAUGUUAUUUAUGUAUUUUCUUUCCUUUUAUAAAACAUACCGUUUUGCACUGCAACUUAUAUGCAAGAUAAACUUCAUAACUGCUGCUGACUGAUUUAAGAGGGUGACAGAAGUGUUUUCUCCCUGUGUCGUAUGUCUUCAUAGUGUGAUAUCCUCAACGUCUUUGCUUUUUCAAAGCAAAAACAUCGAGGCCACAGCAACAGUCAAAACUUUGUGCCCUGCAUAGCUCAUCUGUUUAGUUUAAAAAGAAAAACAGUGCGUACCCACUCUGCACACUGCAUGCGAACCUCACCCACAGAGCUAUAAAGCUUUAAAGGGAAUGAUAACCAGUUCUAUGAUGAUGAAUUUACAUUGCUUUCCAUUUGAGCCAUUGAUGCCCUUUGUGUCUGUUUAUCUGUUCUCUCUGUCGAUCUACAUGAAGUGAAAUAAGGGGAAUCUGUAGGUGUUACAGAAGGUGGAUUUUCUGUAGAAAUAGUGCACUGAAAUCAUUGGACAUUUUCAGUCUCACUUUUGAUUUUGGAUCCUUGUUCUGUUUUCAUUUAUGCUCAGUUUUUUUUUUUGUUGUUGUUGAUUUAACACAUUUAGAGGGCAGACGUGUUAUUGUCAGGAAAGGUUAGGCAUCACUUUGACAAUAAAGUGGAAAAUACUUAAA